AUGUCGAUAACGAUACUUCCUCACCGCCUUCGAUUACUCUCUAUCCCCAAAGCCUCUCUUCAUUUAUUUGCCCAAUCGCUCACUCGCAAUAUUGUCUUUCCUCCUGAUGAUCAACCCAUAUUCUCUAUCACAGAAACCGCAGUUGAAAUCUCUAUUGUUGCAGAUGCGGAAACAGUAGAGAGAGAUUUUGCGAGAUUUAGAGAAGGAAACAAUAUCGAGAUUAUGGAUGAUUUGUUUAGGGCCUUGGUGCUUGGUGAUGAGGGUCUGGACAAUUCAGGGAAAAGAAUAAACGAUAUAUCAUAUUUUCUUUCUAGAGUUGGUGUGUCUGUCUUCUAUCUUUCUACUUAUCAAGAGGACAUUGCCUUGGUAAAGGAAAAAAAUCUUCCAUUAGUUAUGCAAACCCUCUGUCCGACGUUCACAUUCACCAACGGUUCGCCUUCAUUCUCAUCAAUCCCAUCUUUGAUACCCACUGACCGAAGCGUACCCUCACCACCAGCCGAAGACGACGAUGAACCAUUUCAACCAGAGCAGAUGUCCUUUGCAGUACCUUUGACAGCUGAACGGCCUUUUGAUUCGCCAGUGAUUAUGGUAGGCGAUAGUUCGCAUAUGCAUUCGGACAACCCCUUUUUUUCUGGAAUGAUGGUUGAAUUUGAAGAUCAGGGAACAAUGAGAAAAAGAGAAAUAACAAACGAUGAAGAAAUUGCGGCUGAGGUUAGACGACAGUGUACCAAGCGUGUCACUCCGCAUAGACUGAAAAUGGGAGUACAUCGAAAGCGUGAGACCAAUUCUCUUGAAGCUACCUCAGAAGGUAUAACUAUUGUCACUGAUGAGACCGUGCUCAAAGAAUUUCCUGAACACACGUUGAACAUGAGCAGCGUUCCUAUUCUGCUCAGGUGUAUCUAUAUCGACAUAUCUCGCUUUGGACUGGACAAAUACGGCGUUUUGUACUCGAUAUCUAAUCCUUUGAUCUCGAACGGAAUAAACUUACUCUAUUUGAGUACGUUAAAGACUGCAAACGUUCUGGUGCAACAUUGCGACCUUGACAGAAGUUUCAGAAUCCUUGCGCAAACCGCACAACAAUCAUGA